CCAGCGUCUUGCCCCUCUCAAACUCGAGCCAUAAGAACAACCCCUCCUCAAAAUUUCCUUUCACCUGCUUUCCACUCUUCCUCUCUUCGUCGGCAUACCUGAAUCAAGCAUUCACCUGCCACUUCACAUUCAUCAAGCGCAAGUCGCCAAUCUCGUUCUCGCGAACUUCACAACACCGUCAACAUGGGUAAGGAAGAUAAGACCCACAUCAACGUUGUCGUCAUCGGCCACGUCGACUCUGGCAAGUCGACCACGACCGGCCACCUCAUCUACAAGUGCGGUGGUAUCGACAAGCGUACCAUUGAGAAGUUCGAGAAGGAAGCCGCUGAGCUUGGCAAGGGCUCUUUCAAGUAUGCCUGGGUUCUGGACAAGCUCAAGGCCGAGCGUGAGCGUGGUAUCACCAUCGAUAUCGCCCUCUGGAAGUUCGAGACUCCCAAGUACUAUGUCACCGUCAUUGAUGCCCCCGGUCAUCGUGACUUCAUUAAGAACAUGAUCACUGGUACCUCGCAGGCCGACUGCGCCAUUCUCAUCAUUGCCGCCGGUACUGGUGAGUUCGAGGCUGGUAUCUCCAAGGAUGGUCAGACCCGUGAGCACGCUCUGCUCGCCUACACCCUCGGUGUCAAGCAGCUCAUCGUCGCCAUCAACAAGAUGGACACUACCAACUGGUCCGAGGCUCGUUACCAGGAGAUCAUCAAGGAGACCUCCGGCUUCAUCAAGAAGGUCGGCUACAACCCCAAGACUGUUGCCUUCGUCCCCAUCUCCGGCUUCAACGGCGACAACAUGCUUGAGCCCAGCUCCAACUGCCCCUGGUACAAGGGCUGGGAGAAGGAGGACAAGUCCGGCAAGGUCACCGGCAAGACCCUCCUCGAGGCCAUCGACGCCAUUGAGCCCCCCAAGCGUCCCACCGACAAGCCCCUCCGUCUGCCCCUUCAGGAUGUGUACAAGAUUGGUGGUAUCGGCACGGUCCCUGUCGGCCGUAUCGAGACUGGUGUCCUCAAGCCCGGCAUGGUCGUCACCUUCGCUCCCGCUGGCGUCACCACUGAAGUCAAGUCCGUCGAGAUGCACCACGAGCAGCUUGCCGAGGGUGUUCCGGGCGACAACGUCGGCUUCAACGUGAAGAACGUCUCCGUCAAGGAAAUCCGCCGUGGCAACGUUGCCGGUGACUCCAAGAACGACCCCCCUCUUGGUGCCGCUUCCUUCGAGGCCCAGGUCAUCGUCCUCAACCACCCGGGCCAGGUCGGUGCUGGCUACGCCCCCGUCCUCGACUGCCACACGGCCCACAUCGCCUGCAAGUUCGCCGAGCUUUUGCAGAAGAUUGACCGCCGUACCGGUAAGGCUGUUGAGGAGAACCCCAAGUUCAUCAAGUCUGGCGAUGCUGCUAUCGUCAAGAUGAUUCCUUCGAAGCCCAUGUGCGUUGAGGCUUUCACCGAGUAUCCUCCCCUCGGUCGCUUCGCCGUCCGUGACAUGCGUCAGACGGUCGCUGUCGGUGUCAUCAAGAAGGUCGAGAAGGCCCAGGCUGGUGCCGGCAAGGUCACCAAGUCCGCUGCCAAGGCUGCCAAGAAAUAAGCGGUUUCUCCCUGCAGCAAUCAAAAAAAAGUCACUUCAAGAGAUUCGAGGCCGCUUGGCUCGUAUGAGAGAUCGCGUCGCGGUUGUUACCGCGAUGCUACGAUUGGCAUGAGCACUC